CUUUUCACAGAUUACAUACUGGCGAAUUGUGUGCGUGAAAGGAUAUGGAAGACGAAGCACACAAUGGUGGCCUGGGUGAUCCUGGCCCUCAAAACCUCAAUGAUCUACAGAGCUACCUCGUUAAUUUCAACAAGGAGAUUGGCGUGCAUGGAGAAGGGUCAGCGUUCCACCAUACAGUCUCUCAGAUGAUAAACCAAGCUGCACAGCCAGUGUUUGUGUCCGUGUCAGAGUAUUUUAAAUCCUCAGUUUCCUCGGAAACAACAACACCAGAUGAAGAACAACUUCCUGUCAUCUCAGACAUGAAGGAACAAAAGUCCCCUGAUAUCAGCACAGAUAUAGAUGGCGCUAUGACGACAGGGGAGGAAACUCUGAACAGUGCUGGUGCAGCAGACGACAUGAUAUAUGAAAUGACACAGAAGCAGACACCUUUAGACCAAGUUGUUAUUGAAGCUCAGAAUGAAGCAUUGGAACCUGGCAGAGUAACGCUGCAGGAGUUAAACCUAGAACAGCUUGGGUUACAGCAUCAAGCCAUCGCAGUCUCUGAUGGUAUGAUAAUGUUACCCAUGGGCGAUGCGUGCAAUUUACUCGGACAGGCUACAGAGCACAAGCUUGCUCAGGUCCAGAUAGUCAAUAUCAAUGGUCAACCAACACUACAACUUAUUGGUGACUCCAGUCUAUUACAGUCACAGUUAAACAGCACAGCAGCAGUGGUAGGAUCGGAACCACAGGCUAUAACAAGUAUCAUACCCAACGCCUCCUUACAGUCACUCAUAGACACAACCAACCAGGCGGGAGCCGUCACUUCAGUAGAUUGCACAAACCCGGUGGCAGUGCUGGCAUCAGUUGCGGCAAACACUAACUCUGUCAAUCAACUUCAAGCGCAUCAGCUUCAAAACAUCCAGAUACCUGCACAGGAGACUCAGCUGGUUGCCCUGAGAGACGGUUCAGAUAGUGGUCAGCCCCAGGUGUUAGCAUUGUCAUACACUGAUAUAGAGACAGGUGCAGUAGUUACCCAACAAGAAGGUUCAAGCCUAUUAAAGAAGAGUACAGGGUACCAGUCUGUUGCUAUACUUCCCUCUGGUGAUACAAGUCAGGGGGAGGUCAACUAUGUCCUAAUUGUUAACCCUGCAGGGGACAAAGACAAUAAUCAGGGACCCACGUAUGAUUUUGGCGAUAACAUCACGGGCGAAGUUGUCGAGGAAAUUACAGACGAGACCGGUGCAACAAAGAGGCUCGUGAAGAUAAAUCAGCUUGUGCGUAAUAACACGUUAAACCUGAGAGAAGUUGCUGCAGACCAGCUGGCAUGCUCCCAUUGUGAUUAUACCAGUCCUAAAAAAUAUUUACUCUCGCGUCACAUGAAGUCCCACUGUGACGAUAGACCUCAUAAAUGUGGCAUAUGUAACCGAGGAUUUAAAACGGUGUCUUCCCUCCAGAACCAUAUAAAUACUCAUGCCGGUGUACGACCUCACAAGUGUAAAAUGUGUGAAUCAGCUUUUACUACUUCUGGUGAACUUAUUCGCCAUAUCAGAUAUAAACACACCUUUGAAAAACCUCAUAAGUGUAUGGAAUGUGAUUAUGCCAGUGUGGAACUAAGUAAAUUAAAGCGACACAUGAGGUCACACACCGGCGAGCGUCCGUACGCGUGCAACUACUGUAACUAUGCAUCACCAGAUACGUACAAGCUGAAACGACAUAUGAGAAUUCAUACGGGAGAGAAGCCAUAUGAAUGUGAUAUUUGUCAUGCAAAAUUCACGCAGAGUAAUAGUCUUAAAGCGCAUAAAUUGAUACACAGUGGCAAUAAACCAGUGUUCCAGUGUUCAUUAUGCCCCACCACUUGCGGCCGUAAAACAGAUCUGAAAAUACACAUGCAAAAACUGCACUCCACCGAUCAACCUCUACUAUGUAAGAAAUGUGGCGAAACAUUCCCUGACCGAUAUACUUUUAAAGUUCAUUUCAAAUCCCACGAGGGGGAAAAGUGCUUUAAAUGCACAGAGUGUGAUUAUUCUGCAAUAUCGCAAAGGCACGUGGACACUCAUAUGCUUGUUCAUUCGGGACUUAAACCUUUUGAAUGUGAAGAUUGCGAUUUGGCAUUUCGCCAGAAAGCCCUUUUAAAAAGGCACCGUAACCUGUACCAUAACCCUCAUUAUAUUCAUCAAGAUAUGAAAGAUAAAGAACCGGAAUGUAAAGCAUGUGAAAAGUCGUUUGCUAACAAAAAUAACCUCACCGGGCAAAUUCAGAGUCCUGGUGAUACACUGACUAUACACACGUCGGACGAAAGCGAAAACGACCUUGGUAAUAUUCAUACAUGUGGCGGCUGCCCGAAAUCUUUAGUUGACAACAUUACACCUCUGACGGCUGAUCAGUUAAUUGAAAACAGUCUGUUAGCUGACAUGAAGGAAGGAAAGCUUGGCACAUCUCCCAAGGUCGUUGUUGUACAUCCAGACGGGAGAGUUGAGGAAGUGACGGCAAAAUUACAAAGUCUUAGCCAAUCAAAACCAAUGGAUGACUUCCUGGUAUCUUUAGGAGUAUCUGGGGACUCGCAUUUUGAUCAAGUGUCGGGUUUACCAGCAGAGGUUUGUGUGUCUGAAGUACAUACCUUAGUCUCCAUGAAAGAUGAUAACUCCAUGGAAAGUCAACCAAAAUAUGUGCAAUCUAGUGACAGUACUGACAACAUUGAAGUAAAUCCAGUGUUAGAUACGGGUAGUUUUCAAGUAGGAACAAUAGUGGCCGGGCUUGAUAUAGAUCAGACCAAGGAGGAGGGGACCCAGGCCAGUUUCGAUUCUGACGACGAUGAUAAAAAAGUUAAAGUGCUAUCGCAAGAACAGUUCCUAAGUCUUGCACAAGGUUCUGCAGCAAAUGAUUUGCGAGACUGUUUUGAAGAGAAUGGAUAUAGAAUAAUUCAGGUGGAUCAACCUAUUGUAGGAAAUGUGCCACAAAUUGUUGUUUCUAUGCUGUCAAAUGAAGAAAAUAGAUCUGAAAAAAGAGCCAGCGAUGUAAUAGUGGAUGUGAUUGAUGAUGAGACGACCUUGAAAAGGUUAAGAACAGAGUCACUACAAGCAGUUACAGAUGAAUGACCUCCUCUGUAUGACCUUGACCUUGAUGUGUUAUAAACUACACCACAAACAUGUUCAUAAUGUGUGCAUAUUUAUAUUCUGCUUAUUUAUCUUCAUAAAAUGUAGUGUGAAGGAGUCUUGGGGGGAAAACAAGGGAUUUCCCUAGAAUUCAAGUUAAAUAGGUCCUUUUUUCAAAUCCGUAAAAAAAUCCUAUUUAGAAUAAAAUAUUUGUACAAAAGUUACAAUUCUGAGAUUCAUUUUUUCUCUCCAAUGAACCAAAUUAAAUGAGUGAAUUUUUUUUUUCAAAAGAGCAUAUGGUACCUGGAUUUGUUCCAAAAAGGUUACAAAAACUCAAGUGUAACAUAAUUUUUGAACGAGACUUAAUGAAAAUGAAAUAAAUGUAAAAUUUAAAGUGGUUCUCUACCUCCAGCAUGUGAUUGGUUGCUUAAAACUAGAGAUUAGUUUUGAUUCUUGUACCUUUUAAGGGAGUUUUACUGUAGCAGGUCAAGAUAUUAUAUGCAAUGUUAAUAGGAAAUUCCUUAUUUAUGAAUAAUACAUGUGCCAUUACAUUACUUUCCAACUUACUUCAUUUGAUUAAAGGCUAUAUUUCAUCAAUGUUAUAUUUGAACUUAUAAGAAAUAAAGUAAUUACCCUUUUAGCGAGAGGAAAAAAACCAAACAAACAUCCAUAAACUUUAGGCAAUGCUACAUUCAUUUGAAAAGAUGUACCAUUUAUGUAAAGAAAAUGGAGUAGGAAGGCAGGUCACCAUCUAAGAAAUGCAAACAAAUUGUUCCGCUGAGAAAAUUAUCCUCCUCCAUUAUCUAAGCUCUUGUUUUAUUAUUAAACAAUAAGAAUAGUCACACUCGCUGUAUGUACCACUGUUAGCUCAUGUAACGCUUUCCUGGACUGGUAUGUAAAUUUAUGUUUUAGACUGGUCUGUAUGUACAGGUUUUACUGUAGGUAUGUCAAAGUAGAUAGUUGAAAGGCGAGAAAUUCAUCACUGUUACAUGUAGGAACUUUAAUGAUCAAAUAAGACUCCUGAAACAAUGAAAUAUACCCUUAACAUUGUUCUUGAUUACUUUAAGUGUAUGAAAAUUAUGAUAAAUGUGAAUUUGUAGACAAAUAUUGUUUUGAUGUAUAGCUUCCAUGCAUAUUUUGUUAUUCUAUAUUGCUUAUUUAUGGUUUGUUUGUUUGUUUAUGUAAUUUAUAACAGGGCUGUUAAGUUUGUUUUUGUGUGUUUGAAACACUAGUUUUGUUAAUCUUGUCCACACAUCUGAGCUUAAAAGCUCUUUUGUGACUGGGUUGGUGAUUUCAGGCGUAACUGAGCUUAAGAUUAAAAUAUUUUAAGCUCAACUUAACCUUUAAUGAUUUUUAAGCUGUAAUGAAUUUUUUGGUUGUCAUGGUUAGCUUUAAGCUUAUUUUGAGCUUUAUUUAAUAAAGAUUGAUUGAGCUUAAAUUUAUUAUGUGAUGAGCUUAUUUAAGCUUAUAUGGAAAAGAAAGAAGUGUCAAAUAUUAAACUUAUAGCUCACAUUGAGCUUAAAUAUUCAAACAUUUCACAUAAGCUUUUAUUUAAGCCUGUUAUGAGCUUAAAUUGAGUCAGAUUAACAAAGCUUUGUAAUUGUAUGUGCAGUCAGAUUUGAAACCAUCUCUGU